AUGGAUCAACAGCGUAAACACAACCUACAAGAAUUUCUGUAUCAAGUGACCAGGCAGCAGCAUCGCAGCCACGACUUCACCUAUAUACCAUCAUCAUUAACUGGAGAAUUGCGAGCUAUUAUUACAGCUCCACCAGCAGUUGCAACGUAUUCAUCAAUCAAAAUUGAAAUUUUAAAACGAACCUCGCUCUCUUCUGAAAAGAAGUUUUCAGAAACUUCUCAACGACGAGAGUUUAGUAGACCGAACACCAUAGCAGAUGCUCAACAAAAUGCGGCAGCUCACUCUGCUGAAAGUAAGUUGCUUAAACAACUCUUUUCCUCCAAAUUACCACAGUAUGUUCAAGGUAUUCUCACUCAUUUGAUCGACGUUAGCACAGUCGACCAGCUUGCAGCGUCAGCAGAUAAAAUUUUGGAGUACACAAAAUCAUCUCCAGAACAGAACAACUCUCCUUUGCCAGUUGCUAUAGUUUCCUCUGAAUUUAAAGAAUUCCGUGAAUCUACGCAGAAGAAUAUAGACAAGCUAUUCGCAGAAGUUCAUCUCUUGUGUAUCAACAGAAAUUCUUCACCGCGUCGGUAUCGUCAUUCUAAUUCCCGUUCUCCCAGCAGAUCAAAACCUUUUUGUUGGCAUCAUUAUAAGUUUGGUUCUUCAGCUAAGAAAUGUAUUUCACCUUAUACAUUUAAAACUCAGGAAAACUUAAAAAGCCGAACUCCGAGCAUGACCGCAGUUCCUGGCACGUUUUCUCCUUGUUGCACAUUUUCAUACUAG